AUGUCCAAAGAGUACUUUUAUAUAUCUGAUAAUGUCAAAGAGAAUGUAAUCUUACCGGCAACGGUAGCUGUACCCGAAGUGUGGCCACAAGUGCCAGUUAUUGCUAUAAACAGGAAUCCAGUAUUUCCAAGGUUCAUCAAAUUGAUUGAGAUAUCCAACCCGGCACUAAUUGACCUUAUUAGACGUAAAGUGAAGCUCAAUCAACCAUAUAUAGGCAUAUUUUUACGUAAAAAGGAGGAUGAGAAGUCAGAUGUUGUAUCCAAUCUGGAUGACCUGCACCAGGUGGGAGUUUUCGCACAGAUUCACGAAAUGCAGGAUAUGGAUUACAAGCUGAGGCUGGUUGUAAUGGCCCACAGACGGAUCCGCAUUACCGGGCAAUUUAUAGAGGAUGAAAUUGAAACGGGGCCUGCUGAAAUGAAGCUCAAGUUUCCCAUAUUUGAUACGGAAAUUAAUGUUGCCCGCGAAGAGACUGACGCCGAGCGCAGGCGCAGGAAAUACCGCAACACCAGGCGGAAGAACAGCACAGAUGCAGAAGGUGUGGAGCAGGUGGAGAAGAAGAAGCCCGCGGUAGACCAAGUGCUGAUGGUGAAAGUGGAGAAUGUGAUGCAUGAAAAGUUCCAGCAGAACGAGGAAGUCAAGGCGCUGACCCAAGAAGUCAUUAAGACCAUCAGAGACAUUAUCAACAUGAAUCCAUUAUACAGGGAGUCGCUGCACCAUAUGCUGGCUCAAGGUCAGCGCGUGGUGGACAAUCCGGUCUACUUGAGUGACCUUGGGGCCGCCCUCACCGGUGCCGAGCCUGCCGAGCUGCAAGCGGUGCUCGACGAGACGGACAUUCCGAAACGUCUGAUGAUGUCGCUGUCGCUGCUCAAGAAGGAGUACGAGCUGUCGAAGCUGCAGCAGAAGAUCGGCAAGGAGGUGGAGGAGAAGGUGAAACAGCAACAUCGCAAGUACAUACUUCACGAGCAGCUUAAGGUGAUAAAGAAGGAGUUGGGCCUGGAGAAAGAUGACAAAGACGCGAUAGGCGACAAGUUCCGCGAGCGCUUGGCCGGCAAGCAGGUGCCGGCGGCCAUCCAGACCGUCAUCGACGACGAGCUCAACAAGCUCGGCUUCCUCGAGAGCCACAGCUCGGAGUUCAACGUGACCCGGUGCUACCUCGACUGGCUGACCUCGCUGCCCUGGGGGAUAACCUCCGAGGAGAACCUGAAGCUGGAAGACGCCCAGGUGAUCCUGGACGAGGACCACUACGGGAUGGAGGACAUCAAGAAGAGGAUCUUGGAGUUCAUAGCGGUGUCCCAGCUGAAGGGCACCACCCAGGGCAAGAUACUCUGCUUCCACGGGCCCCCGGGGGUCGGCAAGACCAGUAUAGCGCGGUCGAUCGCGCGCGCCCUGAACCGCCAGUACUUCCGCUUCUCCGUGGGCGGCAUGACGGACGUGGCCGAGGUGAAGGGCCACCGGCGCACCUACGUGGGCGCCAUGCCCGGCAAGCUGGUGCAGUGCCUCAAGAAGACCGCCACCGAGAACCCGCUGGUGCUCAUCGACGAGGUGGACAAGAUCGGCAGAGGGGUGCACGGCGACCCUGCGUCGGCGCUGCUGGAGCUGCUGGACCCCGAGCAGAACGCCAACUUCCUGGACCACUACCUGGACGUGCCGGUGGACCUGUCGCGGGUGCUCUUCAUCUGCACGGCCAACGUGGUCGACCAGAUCCCGGAGCCGCUGCGCGACCGCAUGGAGCUCAUCGACAUGUCCGGCUACGUGGCCGAGGAGAAGAUGGCGAUCGCCGAGCAGUACCUGGUGCCGAACGCGCGCAGCGGCUGCGGCCUGAGCGAGGCGCAGCUGCGGCUGCGGCCGCAGGCCUUGCGCGCCCUCAUCAAGAGCUACUGCCGCGAGAGCGGCGUGCGCAACCUGCAGAAGCACAUCGAGAAGAUAGCGCGCAAGGUGGCGUACAAGAUCGUGAAGCGCGAGGCGGAGGCGGUGGACGUGGACGAGGCGAAGCUGCCCGAGCUGGUGGGCAAGCCGACCUUCAAGCACGAGACCAUGUAUGACGUCACGCCGCCGGGCGUCGUCAUGGGCCUCGCCUGGACCGCCAUGGGCGGCAGCACCCUAUACAUCGAGACUGCCCUACGCAACACCCUGCGCGAUGAGAAGUCGCCCUCGGGCUCCAUGGAGCUGACGGGCCACCUCGGCGACGUGAUGAAGGAGUCGGCCAGGAUCGCGCUCACCGUCGCCAGGAACUACCUGGCCAAGCACCACCCCGACAACACCUUUUUGAAUACGAGCCACCUGCACGUGCACGUGCCGGAGGGCGCCACGCCGAAGGACGGCCCCUCCGCCGGCUGCACGGUGACCACGGCGCUGCUCUCGCUGGCGCUCGGCAGGCCGGUAAGGAGGGGCCUCGCGAUGACGGGCGAGAUCUCGCUCACCGGCCGCGUGCUGCCCGUGGGCGGCAUCAAGGAGAAGAUCAUAGCGGCCAAGCGGGUCGGCGUGACGUGCGUCAUCCUGCCCGAGGAGAACCGGCGGGAUUUCGACGACCUGCCCUCCUUCAUCAGGGAGGGGAUCGACGUCCACUUCGUCUCCGACUACGGCGAGGUGUUCGCCAUCGCCUUCGACCAGGCCCAGGUGAGGAUGCCAGAAGAAUUGCGGGAAGAUAGCUUGUCAACU